GGCCAUGGACAAAGAGGGAAAUCUGAGGCGAGUGAGCUGAUCAAGCGAGGCCUGCGAGUGAAUUUGUAUAAAGUUUUUGACGAGGCACGCGCAACUUGUUCAUUCUUGGAAAUCUACAUUCAGAAAAUUUGUACUGAAUUCAUCUUUCUUGAGGUUAUCAUGUUCCAAAGUCAAUGCAAGACUAGCAGCAAGUAACGAUUCUACGUACGUCUGAUAAGUUCGUCCCCCCCGGCCUUGUAUUAUUCGUCUACGUUUUCAACGUUCCUUCUGCUUCAACACACUACUAAAAAAUUCUCAAGACAAGUUUCUGAAAUCACCAGAGUUGUGAAUUAAUGUUGUUUGCCACCUGAAAAUAAAUAUUUGUGUCGUCGUUUAUCGACGGACAGGGCGGUUGUAGAAUCGUUGUUAUCUAAAUUUCUAUCCUUACCUUGUUAGUCAAUUGACCAUGUCGAAAAUGGUGGUGGAGAGUGGUCUGGUCGUUGUUCCCACUGGAGGUGACGAGAACAAUAUUGAUGAUCUGAAGAAGGCCACGGCCAACGGUCCGACGACAAAGGAGGAUGUCGCCGUCGACGAAAUGACUUCAAAGGAUUAUUACUUUGACUCGUAUGCCCACUUUGGAAUUCAUGAGGAAAUGCUGAAGGAUGAAGUCAGGACUCUGACCUACAAGAAUUCAAUGCAUUACAAUAAGCAUUUAUUUCGGGGAAAGACUGUUUUGGACAUUGGCUGUGGUACAGGAAUUCUUUCCAUGUUUGCUGCUAACGCUGGUGCUUCACGAGUGAUUGGUGUUGAAUGUUCCAACAUUGCCACACACGCGAGAACUAUUGUGAAGGCGAACCAACUGGAUGACGUCGUCACGAUUAUUAAAGGAAAGGUCGAGGAAGUCGAACUCCCUGAUGGAAUCGAAAAAGUGGAUAUCAUUAUCUCAGAGUGGAUGGGAUAUUGUCUUUUUUAUGAAUCCAUGUUGGAAACGGUCUUGUAUGCUCGCGACAAGUGGCUUAAGCCUGGAGGCAUGUUAUUUCCUGAUAAAUGCUCCUUGUCUAUCUGCGGAAUUGAAGAUCGUCAGUACAAGGAGGACAAAAUCCACUGGUGGGAUAAUGUAUAUGGAUUCGACAUGAGCUGUUUACGGGAUGUUGCUAUUCGUGAGCCUUUGGUGGAUGUGGUUGAUCAAAAGCAGGUGGUUACCAACCAUUGUCAGUUGUUGGAAAUUGACUUGAACACAAUGAAGAAGGAGGAUCUCAAUUUUGAUGUCCCAUUCUGUCUUACGAUUCGACAGAAUGAUUAUCUUCAUGCGUUUGUGACUUAUUUUAACGUGGAGUUCUCAAAAUGUCACAAGCGAACUUGGUUUUCCACUGCACCAGAGGCACCAUACACACAUUGGAAGCAAACUGUAUUUUAUUUGCAUGAUUAUGCAACAGUGGAAAAGGGAGAACAAGUCCUCGGACGAUUCGGAUUGAAACAAAACUCUCGCAACAAUCGUGAUCUUGACUUUUCCAUCCAAGUCGAUUUUGACGGAAAGAAUUCGCACCUUCACGAGUCUAACCCGUACCGUAUGCGUUAACGAUGAUGUGCGUUUACUAUUAGGUCUUCCUCUUUUCACUAUCAUUGUUAUCAUUCAUGUUUAUUUGUGCUGCUCUUCUAAUAUUGUUAUACUAUUCCAUCUGGGAAUGUGCGUAGCUGCUACAAUAUUUCAUUUUCUUUACUCAAUUUAUGCAGACAGCGUGGUUUACAAUAUAUGAUGGUCUAUAGAAUUCGACAUGAACAACUUAGCGUUUUGAUUUGAAAUGAUUAAUAAUUUACUUCAACUUUGAAAUAUUUUGUAAGUUUUUAUUAGACUUUGCAAUGGAUUAUAAUAAAAUACAACACGUUUUGUCUUACUUGAAAAA